AGGUUGUCUCCAAUUUCUCCUCCCCCGCUCCCCCCCGUCCCAGCCAAGAUGUCUGACAUGGAGGAUGAUUUCAUGUGCGAUGAUGAGGAGGACUACGACCUGGAAUACUCUGAAGAUAGUAACUCUGAGCCAAAUGUGGAUUUGGAAAAUCAGUACUAUAAUUCCAAAGCAUUAAAAGAAGAUGACCCAAAAGCAGCAUUAAGCAGUUUCCAAAAGGUUUUGGAACUUGAAGGUGAAAAAGGAGAAUGGGGAUUUAAAGCACUGAAACAAAUGAUUAAGAUUAACUUCAAGUUGACAAACUUUCCAGAAAUGAUGAACAGAUAUAAACAACUAUUGACCUAUAUUCGGAGUGCGGUCACAAGAAAUUAUUCUGAAAAAUCCAUUAAUUCUAUUCUUGAUUAUAUCUCCACUUCUAAGCAGAAUUCUGAUUUUUUAUGUCAGAUGGAUUUACUGCAGGAAUUCUAUGAAACAACACUGGAAGCUUUGAAAGAUGCUAAGAAUGACAGACUGUGGUUUAAGACAAAUACAAAGCUGGGGAAAUUAUAUUUAGAACGAGAGGAAUAUGGAAAGCUUCAAAAAAUUUUACGCCAGUUACAUCAGUCCUGCCAGACUGAUGAUGGAGAAGAUGACCUGAAAAAAGGCACACAGUUAUUAGAAAUAUAUGCUUUGGAAAUUCAGAUGUACACGGCACAGAAAAAUAACAAAAAACUUAAAGCACUCUAUGAACAGUCACUUCACAUCAAGUCUGCCAUCCCUCAUCCACUGAUCAUGGGAGUCAUCAGAGAAUGUGGUGGUAAAAUGCACUUGAGAGAAGGUGAAUUUGAAAAGGCACACACUGAUUUUUUUGAAGCCUUCAAGAAUUAUGAUGAAUCGGGAAGUCCAAGACGAACCACUUGCUUAAAAUAUUUGGUCUUAGCAAAUAUGCUAAUGAAAUCGGGAAUAAAUCCAUUUGACUCACAGGAGGCCAAACCUUACAAAAAUGAUCCAGAAAUUCUAGCAAUGACGAAUUUAGUAAGUGCCUAUCAGAAUAAUGACAUCACUGAAUUUGAAAAGAUUCUAAAAACAAAUCACAGCAACAUCAUGGAUGAUCCUUUCAUAAGGGAACACAUUGAAGAGCUUUUGCGAAACAUCAGAACACAAGUGCUUAUAAAAUUAAUUAAGCCUUACACAAGAAUACAUAUUCCUUUUAUUUCUAAGGAGUUAAACAUAGAUGUAGCUGAUGUGGAGAGCUUGCUGGUGCAGUGCAUAUUGGAUAACACUAUUCAUGGCCGAAUUGAUCAAGUCAACCAACUCCUUGAAUUGGAUCAUCAGAAGAGGGGUGGUGCCCGAUAUACUGCACUAGAUAAAUGGACCAACCAACUAAAUUCUCUCAACCAGGCUGUAGUCAGUAAACUGGCUUAACAGAGAACAAGCUUUUACAGACAUACUUAAGGCAACAGUGCAGAGAUGUAACCCUUAAAAGAACUGGGAAUGGCAAAACUACUGUCGGUUGAUGUGUCCCGAAAAUUAUUGGAGUUAUGGCAGAAGUGCUUUUUUUGAUCAACUGGUUUGUGUUUUGCUGCUGCAUUUAUCCCAAGAAAAACAGCUUUAAUCUCCAGAAGAAAACCAAAAUGCCGUGGGAUUUAUGCUGUAUUGACAUCUUGCCCUAAAACAUACAACAUCAUAGUAAUUUGUCAUGGGCAACAUGACCAGAGAGAAGAUUUUUGUCAUGAUUUUAAAUACACUGACAUGCUACUGUUGGUUAAAUUUAAACAUGUUUUACCUGCAGAAAUUCUCUCACAAAUAACCUGCAAUAACUUGAAAUGCAUACCCUUUUGAACACUUCCUUUUCUCAUGUAUAAAUUAAAAUGUUUGCUGCAUUUUGCAAAAUGUCAGUUCUCCAAAAAUGUGUCCGUAUAUUUCUGUACCUGCAGUGUAGUAAAGGUUUAGAUGAAACCCCAUAAUUAUAGUGGCAUACUGUCACUUAGGUUUCAAGCAGCAAAAUAAACAGUGCAGCUCAGAAAUUGUA